AGUCCUGACAGAUGCCUGACAGUAGCAGGGUCGCAGAAUCAGAAUAGGUAGCUGACAAUAGUUUUUGUGAAUUUUUUGGUAAAAAUCAUCUAUUUUCUGCAUAGAAACUUUCCUAUUAUAGAAAAAACAUGACUAUUUUACCAACUAUUCGCAAAACCAAUACGGGUGCAGAAGAAAAUAAGGAAACUAAUCAGCAAAAUGGAGCAGCAGAAAGAACUAACAGAAGAAAUGAUAUUAACUCUAUGCAAAUAUCAUCUCUUUCUGAAAAUAGCUCGAAUUCACGUCGAUCCCCCUUUCCAUUUAAAACUGAUAGAAAGGAUAGGCUAAGGAAGAGGUUUAAAGAACCAGACAGGACUCGUGAUAGGGAAAGAGAAAGAGAACAAAAACGUGAUAUUCGCCGUGAACAAAAACGGGAUAGGAUUGCAAUAGCCAAAAGAGAAAUUUCCAAUGAACCAUUACUGGACAGCAACACUGAUAAUGUUGAACAGACAGUCGAACCUACGUGCAAUAGUAAUAAAAAUAUUAAAGUUGAAGUCAAAGAGGAUGCAACUGGCUUUAAUAGUGAAGAUGAAUAUGAUGAUAAUAGUGUUAAAGACAGAGUUCUAACAGAUGAAGAAUGGCAAAAGAGAGAUGAAUUUUUUUCACGCUGUAUGUCCACUUUGGGUUAUGAAAUUAAGCAGAUGAAUGAAGACGGAGCAUGUCUUUUUCGGUCUAUUGCCGACCAAGUUUAUGGAGAUCAAGAAUUUCAUUUCCAAGUUAGACAGGAUUGUAUGAAUUAUAUUGUCCAAAACCGGGAUUACUUUGAACCGUAUGUAACUGAAGACUUUGAUAAAUAUAUUGCUAGGAAACGAACCUGGCAUGUACAUGGGAACCAUUUAGAAAUCCAGGCACUGAGUGAGCUGUAUAAUAGAACUAUUGAAGUGUACUGUUAUCAAAUUGAACCGAUCAAUAUAUUUAACUGCUCCACAAGAAUCCUCAACACUUAUGAACCUAUCCGACUUUCUUAUCACAGAAUGUGCCAUUAUAAUUCUAUUAGCAAUCCAAGUAAGCCUUCUGUAGGUGUAGGUCUAGGACUACCAAAUUAUCACCCGACUGACAUUGAUAGACGGAGACUUCAUGAUGCUGUUAGAGCUAGCGAGCAAUUACUUAUUGAACAGACUAUGCUGGAAGAUAAACUUAAGGCUACAGAUUGGGAGGCAACCAACGAGGCUAUAGAAGAGCAAGUGGCUCGCGAAUCGUACAUUCAAUAUUUCCGAGACACGGAGAAGCGAUUGAAAGACCAAGGACACCCACUGGCCAGCGGCAGCAGCUCAACCAUCACUUCUUCUAUGGUGUCCAGUCCAAGAACGUCGCGUCGGGGAUCCGUUUCUCCUAAAGGAUGUCAAUCACCCAAAGGAUGUGCCUCACCUAAAAAUAUGUCGCCUCUGGCAAGUCCCCGAACGAACUUCCCGGGAAAUUCGGUGUCAGAUGGCAGUGAAAAUGUGCCUCCUACGUACGUUCCUACUAAAGAAGAGGAAGCCUUUGCAAAAAGAGUUUAUAACUCGCCUAGAAGAAUUGUAGAACAAUCAGAUUCUAGUUUUGAUAAUGAGAAUUUCAGUAAAGAAGAAGCUGGUCCUUCUUCUAUGAUUGACAAUGCUAGUUUUGAAGACUUUGAUCAAGAAAUAAUGGCCCAAGUGAUGGCGGAGUCUCAACAAACUUACUUGGACGAGCUUAAAAGCAAAUCGAGAAAGAGACACGGGUCCCCUGGGCCAUCUACUUCUUCAUAAGCAAAAAAAUUAGAUUUAAAUUAAACUACAGUCUUUCUAAUACAUAAGGAAAACAAUAUGUUUUUGUUUAAUUUGUUUUGUCUUUUGCUACGCACAACUGAAUGCACAUUUACUUGUAAUUUUUUUUUAUAGGAGUUGGAUGUAUUAGAAAGAGUGUAGACCUUAACAUAAUGUAUUUUUCUUUACAAGUUUUUAUAAUAUGCAGUUUAUCAAUUUUAACACAGGCAUUUUGUUGUAUUUUUGUUUUUUAAUGGGGGUUUACCAAAAAAAUGUACAUUUGUAGCCGCUAUUAUUUAAAUUUUCCUGUUAUUUUUUAAACACAACAAUAUAUUUAUGGGUACUUAUAGGAAAACUUAAAUAAUUAUAAAAAAAAUUAAUUUCAUGCCAACGGUUUAUUUUCGCGAAAGAGAAAUAUUCUUAAAAUUAUUUUAAGAAGCCAUUUGCAGUUUUAAGUAAUUUGUGAUAUAUAUAAAAAUAAUUUUAUUUUGAGAAAUUUGUCUUAGUUUAGAUUUACUUUAUAUAAUAUUUAAGUUUUUAUUAAGGUAUUUUUUGUUACACCAGACAUAAUGUAAUAAUAAUUUUCAUCAGUAAUAGACAAGCAUAUACAUACAU